AUGGAAGCCGUUAGCAAAGUCGUCAGUGCAGCCACAGCCGCCCUGUGGGGUGAUGGUAGUACAGUCCAGCAGGAGUCUACACCACACGGCGAAGAACCUAUUGCCGGUGUCCAAGGAUCCGGUAACCCCAAUGACCCAUAUGACGCUGGUAAUCGCGAGGAACAACCAGGAGCACCGGUCUCAGAAGGAAACACCGCCCCGCAAGAGCCUCGACUUGACGGCGCAAAGACAGAUCCCACUCGCAAAGACCUACUCGCGGAUGUAAACACCGACGACGUCGAUAUCACAAAGACUGCUCCUACUGCACCCAUCACUGCACCACCCACUCUAACAUCCCCGGCUCUCUCCCCGGUCCCCGUCGCAGGCGUAGCAUCAAGCUCGAUACCAGCCGAAGCCGGCGGAAGCAGCGCAGUCACCAGCGAACCCAAGACCGAGCAGCGCAGCACUGAAAGCACCGCGGGCCAGAGCAGCCAAGACGCCCCUACCACUGACCACCACGAGGUGAGCGAGGAGGCGUUGAAGGGUCCACAGGGUCCUGCGCCGGUUCCUGCGGAGGAAUUUGAGAAAGAGGCCAAGGGGGUGAAGAGUGCAAAGAUGGAGGGUGGGUCUGUGGAGAAUGGAUUGUCGAAGAGUGCGGAUAAGUCUUCGCAGGGAAGUGGGAAUGGAAAGCAUAGCCCGUUGCAUAAGAUGAAGGAGAAGUUGAGCAAGGUUGCGCAUCCUCGUCAUGGUAGCAAUAAGGCUUAG